UUGAUGUUGUUCGGUCAUGGAAUGGGGUAAUGGAAACUGGUGGCUAAUCUGUCAUGAAACUGACACGGAAAGACCACGUUCGUGCAAGCAUGCAAUCAAAACAACAUACAGUAUAACAAGACAAAAUGUUUUGCUUCGAACAUAAUCAUUGUCAAUUUCGACCUGUACUUUUAGCGUAUGAAAACAGUACUAUUUAGACGUUCAAUGAAACAGCAGGUUGACAAUAUCUACAAAUCUAGGUUAUUUCAGGGUACACGUUACAAAUAAGAUUAUGUUUUCUUCCUGUGCAAUAAUAAACCGAAGAGCUUAUGUUAAUGACAGCAAAAGUUAUGUGAUGAGUUACAUCUAUGUUUCUGAAAGUGUGAACAUAUUAACUUUCAAGGUAUCACAGGGUCGGAAUAUAUAUUGAACUACCCUUGUAGGCCUAGUCUACUGCUGUAUGUUUUAGACUGUAGGGAAUCAAGCAUUCUUAACUUGAUAACCAAUGUUGAGGAUGUACAAACUGUAGCAAAUGAUUACUUUUAAUUGAAAUUUCAUGCAUCAUGAGUUAAAGUAGAGUUUCUUUCAUCCUUGUAAGCUCAGCCAAUAAUAGUUUAUUUGUUAAGGCUAAAAUGUUAUGAGAAUAAUUAUAGCAUAGGUGUUCUUCCAAGCAGACAUAUAAAAUGUUUGCACUGACUGAAAGGGAGAACUUUGGAAUUCUUUUCUAUUUCCAAUGAACCUGUGAUAUUUAAUUUAUAUUUUAUACAAUAACUAUGUACCAGUACAAUAGCAAGUCUUAUACUCAGAGGAAUCACAGAUUUUCUGUCCCAAGUGAAUGAAUAAUAUCCCUGAUAUUGAAGGCACCUACAAAGACACCACACACACUGAACAAUUCUUACACUUAUGAGUGUUAAGUAUCCGUGUGAAACUAGAUUUAUCUAAUGGAGUGACAUUGCAUGUUGUAUUGGAAGUGGUGAGACUAUCGAAAACAAUCCUCUGAAGAUGUAUCCGUCACGACAAGACACAGAAUAUGAAUUUGACUUGAACCCCUAUGAAAGUUUCAUGAAGAGGCACCUCCAGCACUACGGCUACUAUACAGGUCGCAACCAAAGCUAUCGCAAUGCCUUCCAGUCGUACCAGGAGUGGGACAAGACAUAUGACUACACCAUCAGCAGCGACUCUGACGAUGACACUGAUGACACGGAUGAUCAGAAAGAUGCUCAAGACAACAAACUUCAGGAGGAACUGUUGCGAACCACUCAGCUGGUGUACAGUUAUGAAGCUGGGAGAAUGGUACCCAAACUACGAGAACCUCGUAAUCUAUAUGCCCUGGCAAAGGAACCUGGCCCACAACAAGCCGCAAGAUGGCCCGCUGACCUUCAGGUCCAGGACAACAAGGUGAAACACAUACGCUAUGUGCCAACAGACCCAGAGACCUUCUACAAACAGACUGGCCUAGAGAAGACGCCGAUGGUGCGAGGUGAAGAUGGUGGUGGCAAAGUCGUCUACAAUUAUGAUCCAAAGAAUUCUUUUUUUGUGCGGUCCCGUGUCGGGGGGUCAAGGACAGGCUGUGAGCAGGUCGGCUAUAUCCCCAAGUCUAAAGAGGACACCACCCUCGUUUUUGAGUCUCGGUUUGAGAGUGGGAACCUGGCAAAAGCUGUGCAAGUUGGGGAAUAUGAUUACGAGCUGUGGCUGCGCUAUGACCUGUACACCAACAAACACACCCAGUGGUACUACUUCCGAGUCUCCAAUACUCGAGCCAACGUCAAGUACAGGUUCACCAUCGUCAACUUCAUGAAGCCUGACAGUUUGUACAACUACGGUAUGAAGCCCCUGAUGUACAGUGAGAAGGAUGCACUGCAGAGGAAGGUGGGAUGGGUACGAUCUGGCAUGGACAUCAAGUAUUACAGGAACAACCUCAGAUAUGACACUUCAAGAGGGGACCGGCCAUUCUACUCCCAGACAUGGGUUGUUCAAAUGAAUCACAACCAUGACACUGUGUACUUCUCCCACUGUUACCCCUACACCUACACUGACCUACAGGGCUAUCUACUGGAGGUGAGUAACGAUCCCAUCAAGUCCCGAAUCUGUAAACAACGGGUCCUGUGUCGGACCCUGGCCGGAAACCUUGUGUAUGUCCUCACCAUCACAUCACCCUCACAAAACCCAGAAGACAUCAAGCACAAGAAAGCAGUGGUUGUGACAUCUCGGGUACAUCCAGGAGAAAGUAACUCUAGCUGGAUGAUGAAGGGCUUCCUCGAUUAUCUCACUGGCAACUCUGCUGAUGCCAAGCUGUUGCGUGAUACAUUCAUCUUCAAGAUAGUGCCAAUGUUGAACCCUGAUGGUGUGAUAGUGGGCAACUAUCGCUGUUCCUUGGCUGGGAGGGACCUCAACCGUAACUACAAGACGGUGCUCAAAGACUCCUACCCCUCUGUGUGGCACACCAAGAACAUGAUCAGAAGGUUGCUGCAAGAAAGGGAGAUAAUCGUGUACUGUGAUCUUCACGGACACAGCAGGAAGCAGAACGUCUUCAUCUAUGGCUGUGAGAACCGACACAACCCGGGUCGCAGACUCCGGGAGAGGAUAUUCCCCUGCAUGCUCAGCAAGAACGCUCCAGACAAGUUCAGUUUCAACUGCUGCAAGUUCAAGGUCCAGAAGAGCAAGGAGGGGACGGGGAGGAUUGUGAUGUGGAACAUGGGCAUCAUGAAUAGCUACACACUCGAGGCAACAUUUGCUGGCUCUACAAUGGGCAAGAAGAAAGGCUUCCAUUUCACCAUGGCUGACUAUGAGUCUAUGGGCUACCAUUUCUGUGAUACUCUGCUGGACUUCUGUGAUCCUGACAAUACCAAAUGUGGCAACAUUCUUCUUGACUUGGAGGAGAGACUGAGAUUGGAGAUCAUGACAAAGAUGGAGAAGGAGGGACUCGCUCCUGGAGAUGUGGAUCUCUCAGACUUCUCCUCGGACAUGGAAUCAAGUGAUGGUGGUUCCGACAGUUCUGUGUCCGAUGGCCCUCCUGUACACCUCCAGUUUGCUGCAGCCAGAAUGAAGAAAGAGCUAGAAGCAGUAAGUCGCGGGAAGUCCCAUCACUUUCACCUGCCCAAGUGUGGCAACAGUGGGCGUGGCCUCUGCAGUUGUUUCAAUCACACCGCGGUGCCCAAAAAGAAGAAGAAGCUGAAGUCGAGGAAGGAGAGAGACAAACAGCUUGAUAAGGAGCCUCCCAAACCUGAGAAACCAAUAACUGAACCCCCAGAGAAGAAGCCUGUCAGCAGCCAUCCUCACGGAAAACAGGACAAGAAGCAUAGAGUGUCGAAUCUGUCCACUAACAGAACUAUAUCGCCAGGGCCCACCCAGGCGCUCCGCUACUCUACGUCAUCUAAACGGCCUCGGUCGCAGGACGAACGCACCAGUAAUGGUAUACCAAUAUUUGUACAAGAGCGGUGUGAUGAACGACAACAGAAACGGGCUUUGAGUGCUGCCUCUCGGCAAAGAGGCACCCCUCUCCAGAAUGAGGCCUGGUCUGUGUGUGCACCCAAACUGUAUAAUUUCACAUGUGAGUCUGACUACUUGGAGGCGUUGACGGCAGCGUACCUGAGAAAUGGGAUCCCUCUUCUGAAUGAACCAGUUUCAGCACUAUCCACUAUUUCGAUCGUACCGCCUGUUUUUGUGAAACUGGAUCCCAAGAGAGUUCCUCAUUUCCGCUAUUCUGGCAACAAACACAUCCCCGGCAACCUCCCCUUCAGUCUGGAGGGGCUGUGUCCGCAUCAUGAGCAAACUUUCGCGGCCCAGUACGUUGCACAUCAGUUGCAAGGGACAGGAGCUCACGACGGGGUGAAAAAAGACCUUCGAGGUGGUAAACUUAGGAAAAUCAGGGAUAAGCAACAGCAAGAUAAGGACCUGGCACCUUCAUCUGAACCUCCUUCAGGCAAUUCCUACUUUAAGAUAUGGAAGUUAUUCUCUCGGAGGAGUACAGAUGAGCCUGAGGUGACAGUGGAGGACUAUCUCAAGUCCCGCCAGGGUAACGUGCCCCCGCAGGAUAGGCGGCAGAUGCCACGCCACCUGGUGGAGGUUUCAGCAGCACAACAACGACAGCAGGACAUGCUACAGAAAGUUGACAAGAGUAAUCUCAUCAAACAGCAUCCGAACCCUUUUGAUGAGAAGAACACUGAUGCCAGAAAAGGUGAUCGACCCCGAGCUCGCAUCCCGUCAGCAACGUUUGUCAACUACGACACAUACCAAGAAGACAGAGAGGAUGUAGAUACAGAAGGAUCAUUUGAUCGUGGCAGGAGGAGUGGAUCUCGCCGAGGACAACGGGACAAAAAUGGCCGCAAGAGUAGGAUGGGUAUGCAUGAGGAAGAGGAGUCCCAAGUUCCGCGAGCUCUCAGCACUAAUGAUGUACUAGACCUCACAGCAACCUAUGUGCGUCAACAGCCCCGUGUACAGUCUGCACAUGCCAACGAAGAGAUGAACAACGCCAUGAACAGCAUCCGAGAACUGAAACAGUCCCUGGCAACAACAGCUGGACAGAGCAGUCUCAGCCCCACCACAGGAACCUACAUCCGCAAACUGCUGAAGGAGACGAGUGAGGAGAUGGACAGCCUGACCUCGGAGCUACAGGGAGAUAUAGAGAAAGAAAGAAAGCUAACCAAAGAAAUUCAACAUGAAAGAAUAGAAGGGAAAAGAAAGAACCGAGAUGACCGUCGAUAUCUAGGCAAUGAUGCUGAACAGGGGGAGGUAACUCUUGGACCAAAGUCCAAUUCUGCUCGUAGGAACAAGAAAUCUGAGACGGAAGUAAAGCAACAGAAACUCUACCAGUUGGAGUAUGACAACCACAUGACAGUGGCCUCAGCCCCACAGCUGACGCGUGACGACAGUGGAGCUAGUGCUAGUAGUCGGGAGGAUAGGCCAAGCUCUGAGCAGGCUGCUUCUCGGGGAAGGUCCGCCCGAUCUAAUAGGCAGGUCGUCGAAGCGGUGCCAACGAAAAUCUCCUUGAUGAUAUGUUCUGAUCACCAGGACAUUGACCAGCUGACAAGUGGCCGGCAGUGGUUGCCGAUGUACAAGACAGUACGCCCACCCUAUCUGCGACCUUGCAACGGCAAGAGAAAAUAGCCACUACUCAAACUUUAGAUUAAAAUCAUCAUGUACUGUGAUACCAUUCCCGUUAAGAAGAGAAUAACAGAGAAUAUUGUUUUUUAUCAUGCUGUUUCAAAAAGAGAAUGAUGGAACAUGUAUCAACAGCAUAAGAUUGUCUGAAAGAACAAUGCAUUUUGUUAAGUGUUUUUUUAUUUAUUGAAUUUAUGAAAAAAUUAUGUUUGUAUUUAUGUCUACAUUUCAUUUUCAAUAAUUCAGUUUGAAUAUUAAUUUGAUUUGCUCGAAAGCAAAUUAAUAGUUUUAAGAUGAAAACUUAUGACAGUGGUUUCUGUUUGAUAUAUUCUUUUUGACUAAAAAAGAGCAAUUUACUUAUUAUCCCCCGCCGUGGACUGGAAGGGUGAUAUAGGAAUUGGUGCUGUCCAUCUGUCACAUUUUGUUUCCAGAGCAGAACUCAAAAACCAUGAGAUAUCUUAACCAAACUUGGCAUAUAGAUAGAUCUAGUGGUGAACUUGUGCCUUUUGAUAGUUUGGCAUUUUUUUAAAGCUUAUUUUUCGAGUUUCCAUAGCAACAACUUUGACUUAGACUGACAGUGGCGGUAGUGCUCGUUACCGGAGGGCUAAUGCCUUGCACACAACAAGAUAUGUCAUAUCGGCGGGGGAUAUGAGUGUUCAUGCUUGUUACGAAUAUUAUACAUGACGUAUACAAGUAGGUAUUUUGUUUAUAGAGGUGUGAAUCAUAUCGUAGAUGUUACUGUUAACUUAAAACAAAUAUCUUUGUAAAUAUUGCUUCAUAAUCUUAUAAAGAUCCAUUUCAUUAUUAAAUAGCACCAUUUGUAGCUGAAAAUUAUUCACAAUGCACACUUUAAUAUGUUAAAUGUCCUAAAAUACUCUUGACAAUACAGAAAGGUACAAGGUAAUUUUACUUUCCAAUAGUUAAGAAGUGUACUUACGUGACAUACAGAUAAAAGAUUGUAAUUGUUAGAAAUGAAAAGUGAUACAAAUGGAUACAAAUAUUGAUAGGUAGACAGCAUUAAAAUUGUUGUUUGUCUGUUAACCAUUUCUUGUUGACAAUCAGUAUUUAAUUGUGUACCUAGCAUGCCUAGGAUAACAAUCAUGGUAUCAUCGUCAAAGUUUAAUCUCAAGUGUCUCAGAAGGCAAGGUUGUCUCAUGUCAUAUAGAUUUCAUAAAUACUGCCAAAGGUAAUCAAAACUUGUAGGUUCUCUUCUCACUCCCCUGAAUAUAAAUGCUCAGUAUAUGAAUGGAGUUUUUAAAUAUUAAUAAGGUCAUGAAAUUAAUGAUUAGAUUUUCAUCCAAAUUGAGGCAGAAUCAUUUUGAGUUUUGCACCUGUACACAUGAACUGCUAAUGUAUGUGAUUCACACAGAGCCUGAAUGCUGGGUGGGACUACACAUGUAGGACAUAUUUCCUCAAGUAAAAAUGAGAUGUGUUGCGGGUGGGAUGUAAAUCUGAUCAUUAAUUUAUUAUGGCAUUAAUGUGAAUAUUUUCAUUCCACUGUAAUUUAUUUAUGUACCGGUAUCUGUGAUAUGAGUUGAGUAUUGUUGUCAUAUUCCGUCCCUCCUACGCAACGUGCUCAGUGUCUCCCUUCUCUCAGGAAUAAUACAAGGUCAUACGACUGACAAUUACCAAGAAAGCUGGAUUCACUUGAAAAACAGUUAAGAAGGCCAGAGCAAUUUAACUACUUAUUUUACAAAUCAGACACCCCACCCCACACCCCCAAAAGAAAUCUGGGAAAUAGUCUUGUUGUAAUCUUAUAUUUCAAAAUAAAUGGUUACACUUCAUUGUUAACUUGUUCUCUCCAGCAGUCUCCAAAGACAGCAAUUAUAACAUGCAUGAUGUGGCAAGUUUGCUUUCAGUUGUCUUACAGACAGUCAGACCCAAGAAAAGUCAAACUAUUUCUUUGGUCCCCAGGAGUUUGAGGCAGUGAGGCUUCAACUGUCUCUAUGUUUUUAAAAUCGUUCCUGAAUUGAUUUAGGGACAAAAACCUGUAAAACAAGUAAUUCAGUUGAUCUGGCCUAAUCAGAUGUCUUAAUACCAGGAUUCCGAAAUUGUUAAAACACCUUUUGUUGUGUCUUGAAUGGAGUCUUGUAUUAUGUUGUAACUAUGCACAUUGUAACAUUUGUUCAAUACUGCUGAUAUCUGUACAUACCUGUUACAAUAAAUACUGCUGUAAUUAA